AUGAAGCAGUCCGUGGUCACUUCCCUUGUGGCCCUCGCAGCCUCAUGCACCGGAGUCCAAGCCUCUGAUAACUUGAUUAACGUGCCCGUUAAUCUUUGCGCAGCCAUCCUGGGACAAGCCAAGUGCGAGCAGGAGGCUACCACCUCUCAUGGCUUGAUCAGCGUCCCUGCCAACGCUUGUGUGGCAGCUCUCGGACAAGCAAAGUGUGAUCAGGUCGCUUCCACUCAUGGUAGACGCCACCAUGGCUUGAUUAAGGUGCCCGUUAAUCUCUGCGCAGCCAUCCUGGGACAAGCCAAAUGUGAGCAGGAGGCAAAGACCAGUGAUGGGUUGAUCAGUGUCCCUGUCAACGCUUGUGUGGCAGCUCUUGGACAAGCCAAGUGUGACCAGGUCGCUUCCACUCACGACAAACGCCACCAUGGUUUGAUCAGCGUUCCCGUUGGACUCUGUGGAGCCAUUCUCGGACACGCCAAAUGCGAGCAGGAGACUGUCGCCCAUCAUGGCUUCAUCAACGUGCCCGUUAACGCGUGUGUGGCAGCCCUUGGAAAAGCCAAGUGUGACCAGGUCACCUCCACUCUGAGCAAGCGCGGUGGUUCCCUGAUUAGCGUGCCUGUUGGACUGUGCGCGGCUAUCCUUGGACAAGUCGAGUGCAACCAGAAGACAGCUAGCACUGGCGGCUUGGUCGACGUGCCUGUUAACGCCUGUGCAGCGGUCCUUGGAGAAGCCAAGUGCGAUCAGGCCUCUUCUGUCGGUAGCGGUGAUGACGCGCUGAUCAAUGUGCCCAUUAACCUCUGUGCAGCCAUUCUCGGCGAGGCUGAAUGCAAGCAAAAGUCAGCCACCGGUGGCGGUUUGGUCAACGUGCCUGUCAACGCUUGCGUCGCUGUUCUCGGACAAGCUAAGUGCGACCAGGCCUCUUCUACUGUCGGCGGCGGCGGUGGCAACAACAACAACAACGGUGGCGGUAGCAAUGAUGGUUCUCUGAUCAAUGUGCCUGUCGGACUCUGCGCAGCUGUUCUCGGAGAGGUCGAGUGCCAGCAAAAGACACCCACCAGCGGUGGUUUGAUCAACGUACCCGUUAACGCAUGUGUCGCAGCCCUCGGUCAAGCUAAGUGUGACCAGGCCUCUUCCUCUCCUGGUAACAAUGGAGGUUCCCUGAUUAAUGUGCCGAUUAACGUUUGUCUCGCUGUCCUCGGUCAGGCUCACUGCGAGCAAAGCUCUCCCCCCGGUGGUGGUCUGAUCAAUAUCCCCAUCGACCUGUGCCUGGCUGUUUUAGGCGAGGUUGAUUGCCAUGAUCACUCUGGUCCAUCUCCCCCAACUGCCACUCCUGCCAAGCCCACUGUCCCCGUCAUUGUGCCCGGUGAGACCAAUACCCCCGGUGUUCCUGGCGAGACUACCCCCGCUGUUCCUGGCGAAACUACCCCCGCUGUUCCUGGCGAGACUACACCUGCUGUUCCUGGCGAAACUACCCCCGCUGUUCCAGGCGAGACUACUCCUAUUGUGCCCGGAGAGUCUUCUGUCCCCGGUGUUGUGCCAGGCGAGUCUACCGUCCCUUGUGCUGAGGCUUCUACCACCCCCGUCGCUACUAUUCCCGGAGGCCCUGGUGGACCUGGAGGACCUGGCUCUGCUUGGCCUUCCGGCGGUCCCUCUGCUUCGGGUCCUUGGUCAUCAUACAGCCGUGUUCCCGCAGUCACUGUUGGACGCCCGACCCCCACCGGCUCUUUCACCCGCGUCACUCCCACCUUCACCAACGUUGGCACUGGCUGCAAUGCUGCCUGCCAAUCAUCUAAGACCUCUGCCGGUCUUGUCGCUCACACUGCCCCUGCCUCAGGUGGUAGCGAGGGUGGUGACAACAACGCCAGCGGCAGCGCCAUUCCCAGCACCAUUCCUUUCAACGCUGCCGGCCGCACCACUUUGUCCGGUGUUGCUAUGGUGUUCGGAGCCAUCUGCGCUUUUGCUAUGCAGAUCUAA